CUCGCAGGUAGUGCGAAGCCAUCGCUUGUUUUCCUUGCGCUUACAAAAUGGCGGAUCCUCAUUAGUAUUGUUAUUUGGCCGCGGUAUUAAAUAACUAAUUUUAUAUUGAUAAGUUCCGUGUUAUUAUUGUGGCAGUGUUAAAGGACAAAAUGGACACUACAAUGAAUCAUGGCAUGUGCCGGUGUUGUGCUUCUGAAGGGACAUUUAAGAAUUUAUCCAACGCCUACCAAUGGAUGGGCCAAGAAGAGAUUUAUUCCGAUAUGCUGAAAGAAUGUUUCGAUAUUUCUCUGACCACAGCGGAACCUGGGGAAGAGGGUGGCAUAUGUGAAGUGUGCAUCACACAACUUCGAAACGCUGCGAAUUUCAAAAAGCAAGUACAGCAUACCGAGGUGCAAUUUAAGAAAUGCUUGCAGGACAAGUUAUUUAAAAGUGACCUAAUUAAAGUUGAAGCCACAAACCUGGAUGACGGGGAUGACUCCGACAAUGAUAACAACCUCUCUGACAAUUUCUCCGGCAAUGAAUUCGAUAUGGCCAUCAAGAAGGAAAAAGAAGACCCCAAACCAAAAAAGCGAGUGGCUACCAGAGCAUCCACGUCGCGGGCUAAAAAGUCCAAAGUGGACGACGGCGAGCCAUCCACUAAACGUAAAAGCGGAGCCAAAAAACGAAAAUGCGCCAUAAAGGAAGAUGGUGAGACAGUAGAUAAGAUAGUGUACCGCGAAAAACAUGUGCCAGAGAUGCAGAAACAGUGGCAUAACCUCACAACACUACUCAAGUACUCGAACGCAACGCCUUUCAAGGACAGAAACGACGCCGGAUACAUUUGUGCUUACUGUUUCAAAACAUUCCCUGACGCGAAUAUACUAAGAAACCAUACGGAGAAUGAUCACGUUAGAGAGAAACCGACGUACAAAGCUGGUUCGGGGUUGGCUAGCUUUGUAGCUUUUCUUGAUAUAGUAGAUUUGAAAUGCACAAUAUGUAAUCAAUAUAUGGACAGUCUAAACAUUUUAACAGAACAUUUAGUCAAAGAGCAUGAUAAAAAGUAUUAUCUCGGCGUGACCGACUAUUUCCAACCGUUUAAACUAACAAACGAACCGCAGAUCAACUGUUGUUUAUGCAACGAAGUGUUCCAUAACAUGAAACUGUUAAUGCAGCACAUGAAUAUUCAUUACAGGAAUUUCAUUUGCACAAUCUGUGGCGCUGGAUUUGUGAACAGCUUUCGAUUGAAUAGACAUGAAACGACUCAUGGGAAGAAAAAAUCUAGUUUCCCUUGUAGACACUGCGGGCUGGUGUUCACAGCGGAAUCUAAACGCAAAGCGCAUGUUAAUACGGUUCAUAAAGGAAUAGCUGGCGAUAGUGUCUGUCAAAUUUGCAAGGCUAGGUUUAAGAACUACUAUCAGAAAACUAGGCAUAUGAUGCAGGUGCAUAACGCUGAGGGUAUCAAAUGUGAUAUGUGUGAAAAGAAAUUUAAUUUAAAGUCCAAUUUGAUGCUACAUAUGCGUGGUGUUCAUUUGAAGGAACGACCUUAUGAAUGUUCUGUUUGUAGCAUGGGAUUCUUUAUUAAACGGCAUAUGCUUGGGCAUUACAUGGCAACGCACACUAAUGAGAGGAAAUAUAAAUGUGAUGUAUGCGGCAAGGCUUAUGCUACUCAGAAUAGUAAAGGGAAGCACAUGAAAAAGAAUCAUGGAAUAUCGAAAAGUAGUUUGAUGGCGCAAAAUAUGCCUAAAUGAGUGGUUUCAGUAGGUUAAUUGUGGUAUAUAAAGGCCUAUGUCUCUUUGAUUUAUAAGGGUUAAAUACAGUUGAAACCGUGCCGAAUUUUAUGAUGUAAUGAUAUUUUAUUUGCACUAUGUGGCGAACCUAUAAAGGCAGAGAACGAUGGAUGACCUAUGUGAAAGUUUUGGUAUGUAUAAAUGGAAUGAUCUCAGAUAUUGCGGUCUGAUGAGGAUAGUACGUACGUACGGACGUAAAGGAAGAUAGAAGUAUACAGCGUCGACUAUCAAAUAAUGGGAUGGUAAUGGUGAUACGGCAAAGUAAAUAGAGAUAAUUGAAGAAGAUGAUGAUGAAUGAAGAUACUUAAAGAUAUUAUGUCAAACAGUGAAAUAAUGGCUCAAAAAUUAGUUAGCAUAGUAAUUUGCAUACGUGUACUUACGUUGCUCAAAGUACAGUGUAUAAGAGAGCAUGAAAAUUUGUGUGACGGUAAUAAAGACACUGAAUUUAAUGUACGAGCUGAAAUUACUUACGCUGAGUAAACGGAACUAUUAAAUGGAUUCACAGGAUUUGGUUUGCCUGUUUGUGUUUCUAUCACUGGUCUCUCAGAAAUAUAAUCUGAUGUAAAGUUAAAAUGUAAAGGACAAGAAGAUGUAUGG